AUGGCAGUCAAGGGUCAUGGACUUCUCUCUCCAUGCUGCAACCCGGAUUAUGUCCUCAACAUAAUCGACCCCAAUGCCCUCUGCGCUGAGAUCACCGAGCACUUUGAGGCUGUUAUGCAUCGUUACAAGGGCAAGAUGGAUCGAUGGGAUGUUGUUUCCGAGGCCCUCAAGACAAACGGUAGUGGUUUAGCUCCAAACCACUUUUUUGAUAUCCUCGGCCCUGAAUGGCUCGAGGAGGCCUUUCGUAUUGCCCGAGCAACUGAUCCAGACGCCAAGCUCUUUCUCAAUGAGAAUCUUGUUGAAGUAAUGCCGAAAAAACACCAAGAACUCUACGAUAUGGUCGCCAAGCUUGUUUCCAAAGGCAUCCCUAUUGAUGGAGUUGCCCUUCAGACGCAUGUAACUCUAGAGCCCUUGGUACCUGGUGUCAUUCGUGAUAUGGUCAAUUCUUACAAAGCUCUUGGUCUUGAGGUUUCUAUUGCCGAGUUGGAUGUCCAUACGUACAACGCGACUCAACAAGCCGACAUCUAUGGUAACGUUAUCAAGGAAGCUCUCGACGCAGGUAUAAAUGAUAUCAGUUUCUGGGGCUUUACCGAUAAGCACUCGUAUACGUGGCUUCCAGGCUCGAAGCCAUUAAUGUUCAACGAAACUUAUCAGCCCAAGGGUGCCUUCUUCUCGACCCACGAUGCUCUCGCCAACUUUGUUGAGUAG